AUGAAAUCAUCGGAUCACCCAGAAACGGUAACUAAUUUGGAAAUGCUGGCUAUAUUCGACCCAUUUCUUGCGCAACAUAUCAAAUGUACCGUAAACAAGGGACGGGGUCACACUUCCUAUCUGUCAAAGACAAUUUGCGAUGAAAUGGUCCAUUUGCUAGCAAAUCGCGUACGGGAGCAUCUUGAUACGGAGGUGAAGUCCGCCAAGUAUUUCUCAGUUUCUGUGGACUCGACACUUGAUAUUUCCCAUUUUGACAAACUCUCCUGGAUUCUUCGGUAUGCUUUACUAUCAGGGCAUGUUGAGCGAUUUGUAGCUUUUCUCGAAAUGCAAGGUCACACUGGAAGCGAACUAGCAGAAAGCUUGCUUGAAUUUCUGAAAGCCCAUGACAUUGCUAUUGCUGAUUGCCGCGCUCCACCUCAUCGUUGGAUAGUUCUGAUGAAUCAACUGUCAAGCGAGGGCCUGCCAACUGUCAAACGCAUGUCAGAUACUCGCUGGUCAGCACGCGUAGACGCCACAAAGGCUCUAGUCAAAGGCUAUGAUGAAAUUAAUGACGCGUUGGUAGAAAUCACAGACGACGAAGAGGAGAAACCCGAAACUCGAGAGGAAGCCCGUGGACUUGCAGCUAAAAAGAACCAACUCGAAACCAGGAUUCUGGCAGUUCUGUGGCAUCACAUCCUGCAUCGUUUUCAUGCGAACAGUCAAGCCUUGCAUUCGGCCAACCAAGAUCUCAACUCUACAGUUGCAAUCUAUGAAUUUCUUAUGGAUUUUAUCAGUAAGCAACGCGCAAGAUUCGAAGAGUUUGAGGCUCAGGGGAAGAAGCUCAGUCAAUGUGACCAUUACGUCGGUGACGAGAAACGGGUGCGACAGAGAAAUCGCCGUUGCGACGAAUCAGGAUCAGCGCCCGAAGUGUUGCAAUCCUCUGCCAAUAAGUUCCUUGCAGAAGUGAACGAAAAUGCCAAGAUUCUUCUAGAGGGUUACCCGGUAGAUCUAGAAGCCGGAUUGUCUGAUGAAGUAUUACAGUUUUCUGGUUUUCUCAUCAUACAUUUUGCUGUGAAAUCAUUAGACGUAACUAAUGUUUCUGGAACUUGUUUAGCAGCUAUGAACGAAACAUCAUCUGAUGAAUCUGACGGCGAAGAUGACACAGCGAAAGAUAGCAAUGAUGUCACAAUUGACGCGGAUUCAUUGGAAUUGUGCAUGUACAGACUUCUUCUGAAGAACAAUCAGGAAACUGCAUUUCCGAACACUGUAAUUGCACUGUGGAUCUAUCUUAGUCUCAUGAUCUCGUACUGUUCUGGAGAACGGUCCUUUUCUAAACUUAAGCUAAUCAAGAAUCAGCUACGAUCAUGUAUGACAGAGGAGCAAUUAAACAGCCUUGUUUUACUUAGCAUCGAAAAUUAUCUGCUUCGUGGCAUUGACAUUUCGUCGAUAAUUAACGAGUUUGCUGUAAUGAAAUCCCGGAAAUAA